GUCCCUUCCAUCCCUCUCCUUCCAACAACAAUACAUAUAGCCGAGACCGCAGAAAGAAAAACAGAAAAAAUCCAAAAAAAUUUAAAAACGCCAGGCCCCAAAUGGAACCUCAAUGUUCUAGGGAGAGAAACUCCAGAACUUGAGAGAGAAAAAGACUAUGGAAGAGAAAUUUUCCAGAUUUUGAGACACCACACAAAGGAGAGAAAUUCUUUCUCGCUUCGUACACACAGUUUUUAAGAGAGGGAAUAGAAGAUCUGAUUGGGUUGUGUUCGUUUAAUGGCGAGCGGCUGGAUGAAGUCACUGCAAUGCAAAUCCAGAGCUGUGGAAGACGUUCUUAUCCCCAACCCCAAGCAUUUAAUACCCAGUUCCAGUUGUAGAAAGAGCACUCAAAGCAUCAAAGAUGUGGUUGAAACGGCCACCGCCACCAGGCAACAAAGACCCACAAAGUCCAAGCGCCACUCCCACCACAACCAACGACAGAAGCAACAAAAACCCACACCCAUUUCCCCAAACCAUACCAAACCCAAACCUAAGCCCGAAUCCGUUUCGGCUCCCGAUUCACGACAUUCUCGUUCUACCCGAAACUCCGACCCGCUAUUUCCAGCCCUGACCGACGUUCCCGACGGCCACCCUUCGCGUAAUGUGGUAGAAAUUAUCUUUCACACGAGCUGGAGUAACAAGUCCUUCCCGGGUCGGAUCGAGAUGAUUUUCAAAGUUCACAACGGGUCGAGAACGGUCUCAAGGUUCGAAGAGUAUCGCGAGAUGGUAAAAACUCGGGCCGGAUUAUCUGUAGGGAGCACGUGGAAGGAGAAUGCUCGGUGCGUCGCGGACGGCAAUGAAAUGAUGCGGUUCUACUGUCUGGGUCCCACUGGAGGGGUUUAUGAAGCCGGGAUCGGCGCGUGGGUUUUCCCGGGAGGAAAGGGGGCUGCGAUUUGCACAUUUUCAGGGAGCGGUGCAGCGCACGAGAGUGCUGGCGGUGGCAGUGGAAGGAGAGCGAUGCUGGUAUGCCGAGUGAUAGCGGGUCGGGUGUCAAAACAAAUAGCCUUGGAAUCGUUGUUGGAGGGGCAGGUCGGGUUUGACUCGGUGAGCGGGGAAAAUGGGCAGUUGCUGGUGUUUGAUCACCGUGCAGUGUUACCUUGUUUUCUUAUUAUCUAUAAAUUGUAAAAAUACGUGGAAAUUAUUUUCUAUUAUUAUUAUUAUUAUUAUUAUUUCUUUUAAA